AUGGUCAGAGCUGUGUCUGUUCAGCAAAAGAAAUUUGAUCAUGUCAGUGCGAUUUACCAUUUAUUGGUUGAUAAACUAGAUACAACUGUUAAUCAAAGCAACACUACUAAUCAAUCAUUAGUUAAUGAAACUGAUAUAAAUGGAUCUGUUAACAUCAAUUCAAAUCUAAUUGAAAAUUUACCUUUAUAUUCAAUGUCACUUUAUGCUCAUGAUGGUUCAAUUUAUGAUAGUCAGCAAUUAGAAAAGUACGGUGAUGUUGAUAUUGGAGAAUCUGCUAGUUCAAAUAAGAUUCAAGAUAAUCAUCCAGUGACUACUCGUCGUCAUACCGUUGGUCCAGGAAAUGGCUUGAUGACUCAAGUGAUGGAAUCACAUUAUAUAACACACCUUCAAACUGGACGUAAUGUUAAUGUUUUGCCAAAUACAAAUUUACCUUUGAAUAUUCCAUUAGUUGAAUUUCAAUCUCCCAAAAAUUUUACAAUUAAAGAUCAACAUUUAUUAAAACCACCACAAGUUAUGGGAGAAAAUAACAACUUUGGUAGACGUGCAUCAGAUGGUGGUGCAAAUUUACAAAUAUCACAGAAAAUGAAUUGUACAUUUAGUGAACCAAGCAGCAAAGAAGAUUUAAAAAAACAAGCAAAAAUUGAUCCCAAUGAUUUGAGAAAUGCAAUAAUUGAUCAAUCAAGUAAAGGAAACUUAUUGUCUGAAGAUAAUGUUGCAUCAGCUAGUUCUAGCCGAUUUACCAAAGUAAUGUGCAAUACCUCUAGACAUGGGAUGGGUAAUAAGGAGGAAGCUCAGGCCCAACAAACCAAUUUACAAAAUACACGAACUAGACGUAGUGGUGUAUCAACUGUAAUGGAUAGACCCCCAGUCAUUAGUCCUGAAGUGGUGCGUGAAGUAGAAGCACGUAUGAAUCGAGAGUAUGUACCACCACCAUUACCAAUGGUCAGCACUUCUAGACAUAGUCACCGUAUAUCUCAGGUUUCAGUUUUACCAACAGUACAAGAACUGCAUAGACAUUCAGGCCGAGAAAGUUUAAAAGACGUUAGUGGUUAUUUGCCAUCUGAACGAUAUAGUCCAGUACGAAGAACAAGUGAACCAGUUGUUACAUCUAGUGAACAACUAGAGCAACCUAAUAUACGUAAUAUCCAACAGGAACAUAUUCAACUUCAACAAAAAUUGAGUGAAAACACAUUGGAUACCUGGGAUCAUGCUGAGUUACAAAUGCUUCAUACAUAUCAUUUACAAAGUCUGCAAACAUUAGUAGAUCAAACUUCAUUUAUAAAUACAACUUCAUCUAAUCAUCAGGGUAAUUCAAAUAUUCUUAGUCAACAUUUGCAAAAUUUGAAUUUACAUCAAACACCGUUAGUUAAUGUUCCACAAACCCAAGGUUCAAUUACUCAAGGUACACCAAAUAUAAUCUCCAAUCAUCAAAUUCCAGUUCCAUUGGACUUACGAACGAAUAAUAAAAUAAAUCCUCAACCAACUAUUGUAGUAGAAGACAAAACAAUAGAAAUUUGUGAAGAAAAACUUCUUCCAAAUCCAGAAAUAUCUCUUAUGGUAACUAACGAGGAAGGUGGUAUGAUGGAAGUAGACUCAUUACUGACAAAUUCGGUGAAUUCUGUGAAUACAGGUAAUACUUUACUAAAAAAGUCAAGUACUGAUCAACCACUUUCAGCUAUACAAUAUGAUGGUUAUGAAGAAAUCAAUGAUAUGACUGCUGAUAGAAAUAAUAUUAUAACUGAUAUGGACUCUUCAACUUGUUUGAAAACUGCUCCACUUUUUUCUGACUAUAUUCUUAAAAGAACUGCUAGUGAUGCAUUUGUUGUGGACUUGUCUGAUUUCUAUUCAAAUUACACUUCUGGUAAUAUACUCAACAUUGUCAAAUAUUUGAUAUCAUCCAACAUUCGGGUAUGGCCUGUGCUAGAUAGACAGAAUGUGUUGCAAUUUCCAACAGGGUUGCAAAUUGAACUGGAAGUGUGUUCAAACGACACAGGUGCGAAUUCGUAUUUAAAAAUUCAACGACUCUCUGGAGAUUCAACUGAGUACAAUAACAUUUGUCAUAGGCUGGUCGAAGACUAUUUACCUUUCUACUGUGAUCUGUGA